GUGGUCCAUGAUAUCAUCAUCGACAGACAAAGCGCUGAGCGACACAAUGAUCCGUCCCGCCGUACACGAUGUCCGAUUACCUUCGAGAGAUUGAGAGGCUCCAGCAUGAGCUGCAGCAGGCCAAGGCACGAGAAGAGCGAGAGCGGCGCGAGAAAGAACAGGCCAAGGCACGAGAAGAGCGAGAGCGGCGCGAGAAAGAACAGGCCAAGGCACGAGAAGAGCAGGAACGGCGCAAGAACCAGAAUACUACGCUGGAGGAAUAUCUAUACAACUGCCACUUUCACCUCUACAAAAAACUCGGUUUUUCCGACCCAUCCAAAUCUUCGACGGGAUUCACGAGGGUCGAGGGGAAAUAUUACCCUAAGUGGCUUUGCCCUUGGGACAAUUUCGCCAACGUCCACCGACAACGCCAUUUUGAGGUCAUCAGGACGAUCUUAGGAGAAAGACGACUCUUCCAUCGAGAGAAUACGACCAGAGAUCUAGGGUCGACCAUCUCUCGCAAUGCGGCAGGCAACGAGAACGCUAUCGAUAACUUUGAGAAGCUUGCCGUGGAACAUCCUGUCUGGGAAAUUCUGCGUCCACUCUGGGAAGAAGAGGAACUACGUGGGGAAUAUUCGUGUAUGGGGCUUCGAUUCAGCAACAACAACCGCGACUUCACGCAACCGAACGAUAGUAGCCCGUCUAGGGAAAAGGAUGACCCGAGCGAGGAACGACAUGAGCGGCGGCGACGAACAGGACCAAAUAAACGAGUAGCGUCCGAGCAGAGAGUUAUGCCUCCGCCGAUAAAACCUGACGGAUGGGGAGUUCGUACGCGCCUAGACGAAAGCGAGAGCGUGGCGUUUGUGUACGACUAUAAGGCAGCCCACAAGAUCGCCAUCAGGUAUCUUAGGCCGGCCAUCGCGAAGGAGAAGCUAUUUAUGGAAGUUGUUGAGCGAAUGAAUAACAAUACAACUACUCGAAGCGAUAGCGAGCUGAAGGAACAGGAGAGGGCGGAAGCACUGAUUGCCAUGGCACUAACUCAAGUCUUCGACUACAUGAUCAGGUACGGGGUGGUCUACGGCUACGUGGCUGCCGGCCAGUCCUUGUUGUUUCUUUACGUCGACCGAACCCACCCAGAGACUUUAUACUGCCAUCCGUGCAUUCCUGGCGAAGAGGUGGGCGAAAUGUCGACCACAGACUGGCCUGACAUGGCGCCCUAUACCGCCGUGGCUCAACUAGCCAGUUUCUGCUUACUGAGUCUCCGAUCCGAAGCUCUCCAGGGUGCGGCACUCGAGGCGGCAUUGCAGAAGGCUCAGAGAGUUCUGAGAAAGUGGAGUGAUCCGUACGAGGAUGCGGCAAAUCUCGAGACGCAUUCACCCUCGGCGGCGGCGUCGUCGUCGUCGCAAACAACAGAAACGACAGAGGGCUCGAAUUUCGUAUCCAGCGCGAGGCCGGCCGGCCGUGAAUUCUUACUACGAUCGAGGUCGUCCUGCAGGGACACGACGGACGUCCGCAGAGACGAGGACGAGGAGGAUGGGCCCGGCGAUGACGUACUCCCGUCUUGGACGAAGACGGACGGUAGUAAGCGGAAGGAAGGUCCCUCAAGCGGCAGUUCCGAGGAUGGGGACGCUACGAUGUCUGAUUCGCCACCCACCCGGCAAUACUGCACGCAAGCCUGCCUGUUGGGCCUGAAGAAGGGGGGGGAACUCGACGGCAGCUGCCCCAAUGUGCUCGCCCACCGCGCUGCUGGAGGCAACAACCGGCAUCCUAUCGACGCGGACAAGUUCGUCCGCCUGAUGGGUGAGCGCUUGCGCCAGAACCCGUAUCGUGGCUGUAUAGCGUUGGACGGCUGGGGCAAGAUGGGAGCGACAGGGCUCCUCUUCAAGCUGGAACUGCAGCCGUACAGCUAUACGUUCGUGGGAAAGGGGACACUCUCGGGGCGCCUCCACGACUUGGAGCACGAGAGCCGCGUCUAUGCGCGGCUCGACAGGCUCCAGGGCGAGGUUGUGCCGGUGUACCUGGGACUGGUCCGGUUAGACCCGGGCUACAUCCUUCCCGGCUGGGCCAGGGUCGUCCACAUGAUGCUGAUGUCGUGGGGCGGCGAGGCGGUAACAACGGCGUGCAUACCAAACGUGGAGGCGGAGGUUCGGCGCUCCUCGCAGGCUGUCUGGGCCGAAGGCGUGGACCACGGCGACGAACGUGACGCCAAUCGGCUUUGGAACAACGAGCGCCGCCGUGUUAUGCUCGUCGACUUUGACCGUGCCACCCUUCUCCCAAGUCCCAAACACAAGCAGUUUCCUGAUUUGUUAGGGAAGAAGAGAAAGAGGUCAGGUCCAGAAUUCAGUAGUCAUACCCGGAAACGUGGCUUCCUACCACGUCAUCUACAGUCACGGCGUGAAGUGACUUAGACGGCUUGGAAAAGUAUCAAUUAGCACCACGUGGAAUAGAUAGCAAUUAAUUCGCGCAACUCAGAAGGCACUUAUUCAAGGGAAACAUUGUCUCCUAAACAGUUAUGGCGUGGGCGGCGAUUAUAGUUAUCGGAGUAGUGUAUUAAGUCGUUAGAGGAGGCUAUUAGUAGGAUCCGCUAAUAGGAAGGAUUUAGCAUGCUCUAUCUAUGGGGUAAGCUAUUCAUAAAAGUCGAG